CCAUCAACAACGAUUGCUUGCUGCCGACUGCCAAGCGGGGCCGGUCAAUCCAGAAGUUGGCAGCCUCCAAUCGCAGCAUCCCUCCGAGAUCGCUGCCCCGUCCCCCUCCCCCGGCUUAUCCCCUAUCCCCUCCUCCCCCGCUCCUUCCACACAAACCUCCAUGCCCCUUCUUCCUCUCCUCCCCGUCAUGGCUUCCACCUUCUCCCCCACUUCCGCCGCGAGGGCCCUCCUCCCGGGCUCCACCUCCCGCCCACUCUUCCUCGCCGCUUCAGCUUCCUCAGGUAACCGUCAUCUCACAUUUCCCUCCCCCUACUCACUCUGUUUCCCAGCUCGCUCAUCAGCGAGCGCCGAAUCCAACACCCCCCCUUACCGCCCCCCCGGUACACUCGCAGGGCGCAUUCAACCAUCCAGGAAGGGACUGGACUUCCGCCGCGGCCGAUUCACCGUCUGCAAUGUCGCCGCUCCCACCGCCGCCGAACAGGAGGCGACGGCGUCGGCCGCGAAGGAGACCCAGCGCCCCGUGUACCCGUUCGCGGCCAUCGUGGGGCAGGACGAGAUGAAGCUCUGCCUGCUGCUCAACGUCAUCGACCCCAAGAUCGGCGGCGUCAUGAUCAUGGGCGACAGGGGCACGGGGAAGUCCACCACCGUCCGCUCCCUCGUCGACCUGCUCCCGGACAUCCGCGUCGUCGUCGGCGACCCCUUCAACUCCGACCCGGACGACCCCGAGGUCAUGGGCCCCGAGGUCCGCCAGCGGGUCCUGCAGGGGGACACCGGCCUCCCCGUCACCACCGCCAAGAUCACCAUGGUCGACCUGCCCCUCGGCGCCACCGAGGACCGCGUCUGCGGCACCAUUGACAUCGAGAAGGCGCUCACCGAGGGCGUCAAGGCGUUCGAGCCCGGCCUGCUCGCCAAGGCCAACAGGGGCAUACUGUACGUCGACGAGGUCAACCUGCUGGACGACCACCUCGUCGACGUGCUGCUGGAUUCCGCUGCGUCGGGGUGGAACACGGUGGAGAGGGAGGGUAUCUCCAUAUCCCACCCUGCUCGCUUCAUCCUCAUCGGCUCUGGUAACCCGGAGGAAGGGGAGCUCAGGCCCCAGCUGCUGGACCGGUUCGGGAUGCACGCGCAGGUUGGUACCGUCAGGGACGCCGAGCUCAGGGUGAAGAUCGUGGAGGAGAGGGCUCGUUUCGACAGGGAUCCGAAGACGUUCCGUGAGUCGUAUCAUGACGAGCAGGAGAAGCUCCAGCAGCAGAUAUCAUCUGCACGGAGUAACCUUGGCGCUGUGCAGAUUGACCAUGACCUCCGUGUCAAGAUAUCCAAGGUGUGCUCUGAGUUGAACGUUGAUGGACUCAGAGGUGACAUUGUGACUAACAGGGCUGCCAAGGCGCUGGCUGCGUUGAAAGGAAGGGACAGCGUCACCGUGGAGGACAUUGCUACUGUCAUUCCAAACUGCUUGAGGCAUCGGCUCCGCAAGGAUCCGCUUGAAUCCAUUGACUCGGGUUUACUUGUCAUUGAGAAGUUUUAUGAAGUCUUUAGCUAGAUUGUUCUUGAGGUAAAUGUUCCUUAGUCACAAUUUUUGGCGGGAACCCUCUUGUUCUGUUACUUUCAUAAUGUUCUGCUGUUUAAUAAUAUCUGGAGCUUGAAUUGGUAUCAA